UGGUGAUGAACGGCUCAACUUUUAAAACAAACCAACAAACAAACAUUUUUACUGGUCAGAGAAACCGUAUUUUCCAUGCCAACAGUCAAGUGCACGUGCCGGCUUGGAAUUAAAAUACAUGCAAAUGUUACACCACAUAGCAGCUUUUUUUUUUUUCCACUGCCACCCCUCUCCGCUCGUCGCGUCGCGAAACGCGCAAAAGUCAGCCUAAUUUAAAAAAGGGUCUCACGGCGACUAACUGAUAGAUGGUAUCGAUCUCGCUGGCAGCUGCGGAGAUGCAGUGCACAGCGUGUGGGUAGUGUAGCUGCGAAACUUGCUGAGAGACCGCGUUUGAAGGCGCACCGCACGGGAGGCGGAGGCUCGGCCCAGGAGGCGGUGUGUGGUGACCAGAGGGAGGCGGGCCGCGGCAGCCAGCUGUUGGAAAGCAGCGCUCCAGAGCCGCCCGCUGCUACUGCAUCAGGUGAACAUCAGCGCAUCAGCACCAGACCAGAGCUCUCUCUCUCUCUUUCUCUCUAUCUGAGAACCCCCUCACCCUGACAUCUGUCUUUCGUUUUUUUUGUGCAACUUUUACCUUCUUCGCCGGUCCUGACCAAGUUCGCAAAACUCAGACGUAAACACAGAGGCGCACACACACACAGCGAGAAAACAGGAGAUCGAGGAACAGGUGUCCAGAAGAAGAAAAAAUGGGAAGAAAGAAAAUACAGAUUUCUCGUAUUCUUGACCAGAGGAAUAGACAGGUGACCUUCACCAAGCGUAAGUUCGGCCUCAUGAAGAAGGCUUACGAGCUGAGCGUGCUCUGUGACUGCGAGAUCGCCCUCAUCAUUUUCAACAGCACCAACCGCCUGUUCCAGUACGCCAGCACGGAUAUGGACAAGGUGCUGCUGAAAUACACGGAGUACAGCGAGCCCCACGAGAGUCGCACCAACACGGACAUCCUGGAGACGCUGCGUAGAAAAGGCCUCGGUCUCGAUGGCACGGAGCUCGACAGUGAGGAGAGCAUGCAGGUGGCCGCAGACAAAUAUCCCCUCAGCGAGGGCAUGGAUCUCUCUGUGGCUCGCCAGCGCUUCUAUGCUCAGUCUCUGCUCUCUCCGGAGGCACAGUUUCUGGUGUCUGCAGGCUGUGAGAACGGUUUCCCCAACUCCUCUGGAUCCAGCGUGGCCUCCCACAGGCCCCAAGCCUUUAAAUCUCUGAGCUCCAGGCCCGGCUCUGCCAGCCCGGCUGCGCCCCACACACACACUGCUUUCAUGUCUCCGCACUCAGGCAUCGGCUACUCCGUGUUCUCCCAUGGCAACCUGAACCGAGCUCUGGAUAUGAAGAGCCCUCCUCCUCUGAACCUGGGCAGUGAGAACCUGCGGGCAGAUGCUGCUAAUCAGGGCAUGGGCGCUACACGCGCUAACCACAACCCUGCUAGAGGUUUGUUGUACCAGGGCCUUCACAGCGGCAGCUCCAUGGUCGCCAUGGGGAAGGCAGGCCUGUUGAGUCACAGCCUGGGAGGCUACGGCCUUCCCUCGCCUGCAGCCUCCGAGUACACCCAGCCUGGGUUUUAUCACUCUGUUAGUUUACAGCGAGGAGCAAUGAACCCCUGGCAACCAGCACAGCCGAGCCAGGAGCCUCAUGGGCCUCAUAUAAGCGCGGGAAUGUCCAGCGGGGGGUGCUCCUUUCCCUCUCAGUCUUGCUCUUCGAGCUCUCCACACGUGCCCUCCCUCAACCUCAGCAUCAAAUCUGAGCGCAGCUCCCCGGAGCACAUGUCCUCACCUACCUCCCCUCCUCUACACCACCUCAGGCAACAUUCUCCAAUGAGCAACCCGGAUUCGGCUCGCCAUACCCCUCCGGAAACCCGCCCGGCCAAUGGGACGAAGGAGUUCCCCAAAGCCGGCUACCCACAAGACACGGAGGAAGGAGGCCAGCCUCUCAGGCAGUUAGAGAUGAGUGACGGCUGGCAGAGAUAGCCGCGUGCUUUCAGCCCGCCACCGCCUCCCGUGCAACAGCUAUUUUCCAGCAAAACCAGAUGGGGGGGUCGACGCGUCCCCAUCGUCCCAGAGAGGAACGCCUCUCUUUGUCUCCUCACACAGAGCUGGUCUCUCCUGGGCAGUGGAGGAUUCUUCGCUGCAUCACUCGCUUGAGGAGGCAGAUGCCUACAGACUUUGCUUUUUUUGUUUGGUUAGGUUUAGUUUUUGUGUGAAUCAAAUGUACAAUUUGUGUUUUUUUUUUUGUUGUUGUUGUUCAACUUGAAAUUAACCACAGCAUCGCAGGAGGAAUUUAUCCAAAGGGGCAAAAAAACAAAAAAACAAAACCAAAAACCAGAAGGCCUCAGAAACAUAUUUGUAACAAAAGUUCUGAGCAGUUCAGAACAGAUUUUAAUUUCCAACAAAGUUUUUGUGUAAAUGUUAUUGACAGAUACACACAGGCCUUCUUUUGAAACAGUAGGAAGUGCCUGUGCAACAGGGCAUUACAAAGGAUGGUCUCUCAUUCUUUCAAGUCUGUCUUAGCUGACGUGUUUCUGGUCGCAGCCAAACGUGGCUCCUGUCCACGCUGGCCGUGAAAAAAAUGGCCCCGUGAUGGAGACGAGGUGGUUUCCGAAUGUGUGUUUGUACGGCCUGUUUACCGUUGCUGCGCUUUAAGGGUUUAAGUUUAUACGUGAAGCACAAUCCCAUACCAAAUCAAAUAUGUCCUUGGCAGAGUAGAAAAACUUUCCAAGGCGUCCGCCUGAUUUGUUUAACCUAGGAGCGUCUUUUCACACACGGCGGCAGCUGUAAAUGUGAAGCCAUGCGUUUGUACUGUGCUUUCUGUAGGCGUGUAAAAAUAGUUUCUUUUUCUGGUUUGCUUUUUUUUUUAAGUUUCAGUUGUGUUAUAUCUACAAAUGUUGGCAGUUACAAUCAACUUGUCAAUAACUGAUGGCAAUCUACGUCUGCUAAAGACCAAAGUGCAUAAACAAGUGUCCCCUAUGCAUUGUACUUAAAUACAGCCAAAGUGUAUGCAUUUGCUCAAAUUGAAUCUAAUUUGAUUUCUGUCAUUGUAAAUUUUUCUUUGCUCUGAAGGGCUUUAUUUACUAAGAGCAUAUUGUAGAUAUUAUUAAUGUUAAAUGAGACACUGUGUAAUGACUCGGUCUAAAUAUUUCAUUUUUUUUUUUUUUUUUAAAAAAAGCACAUUUUCAUCUGGUUUUCUUCACAUAUGCAAACUGAACUUGCACUGGAUAUCUAUGUGUUUUCUGUUCUGCAAUCGACAAAAUAUAAGCGAGUGACUUCCACUUUUUGCCCACAUGGGGUCCUCUAAUCUCACACCAUCACACUGAUGAAUCUGGAAAAGCGCAGAGCAGCGAACGCCGGUCUGUAUCAGUGACCAAUGAUUUAAUGAGUCACCAUGACCGGAUGCAGUUCCAGUGGUGUAGCCCUGACGACGUUUAGCAAAAGCGUCGCGACAAACUCUGCAGAGAUUCGGCCCCUUAACUUCUGCUGUGGAAUUAGCUCUUUUCAUUAUUGUUGUGCAGUUACGUGGAUUCAUAUCAGCAUGAAAAACCAAGUUAUCAGUAUUCUGAUGUUUGCUGAAUGCUUCACUAUCAAAACAGAGACAUUUUCUGAUGAUUCCUUAUAAAUAAAUAAUAAUAAUAAAAAAAAAAGUUUAAUUUGUA